AUGCCCGUGCUUGUAGAACCGUUAAACACAAACCAACAAUUUAAUUCAAAAGAAGACAUAGAUUUAAGACCCUGGGAGAUUACAGAUAUUGACCCAUAUAAUGGACAUGAAGGGGAUCAGAUGCCUGUAAUCUCUCCUUUAUAUCCCGAGCAAAAUACAGCAUAUAAUGUUAAUUUAAAUACUCGAAAAUUAAUUACAAAAAUUAUGAAAGAAGCCUACAAUUUACUUGAAAAUGAAGGACACAAUAAUUAUUUAAAACUUUUUGAAAAUUUUGAUUAUAAAAAAUAUUACAAUUAUUUUAUUUUAAUUACGUGUUUGGAGAUGGAAAUACAGAAAGAUAAUAAUUGUAUUUCUGUAAAAGCAAAAUUAAGAAAAACAUUGUUUAAGUGGGCGGAGUUGGCCAAGAUAAAAGGCCAAAUUGAGCAUUAUCAUGUGAUCAGUAGUUUUCAAAGAAAAGAAGAAAGUUGUUUUAUUGAAGGGUAUUUUCAUAAAUAUUUUCUGGAGUUACUUGAAAUUAAUAAGCCGGAUCGGAAGGAUAUUUAA